AUGGCUUGGGGCUCCGCGACCCUCCUGGAAGCCCAGAGCCUGGGUGGGAUAGCGAGGCUGCGCGCGGCCGGCGCCCCGGGGCUGGUGCGCGGCAGAAUGGGGCCGCGGCGGCGGCAGCAAGGACAUCCCAGCCGCGCGGAUCUGGGGGAGGGGCGGGGAGGGGGUGAGGACCCGGCUGGGAUCCGCGGCUCGGCCCGCCAGGGCGCAGAGAGAGGAUGCAGCCGCAAAUCCCGAGCUGGAUCCUCGUGCCGGACGGAAGGCGUGGAAGCGGGAGGGGCCUUCGUCGCCGGGAAGGGCUGGAGUGCGCGGGGGUGCAGGGAGUCCCUCCCUGGGCGCCGCAACGGCACCUCCUCCCUUUCCCGGCUCCGUCCCGCCCUCCCUCGGCCUCUGCGGACGCGACCCACGCAGACCACAGCCGAGCCCGCCGGACCCCGGGACUACGGAGGCCAUCCCGUCCGGCCACCCACACCCCGCGCCGCGGCUGGGGCUUGGGUUGCGGACUGUGGCGGCGAAGAAGCCGGGUCUGAAGAUCCAACCCACAUAUGGAGAAAGAAGGGAAAAGUCAAGAGAAGAACAUCCAUGAUGACCCAGAGCCCGGGAAUGGGGGACCUGGAGCCUGCCGGAUCCCUGAACUUCCUGUUAUUAAAAAAAGAUAAAAUGUCUCUAUUGUUUAAGUCAUGAUUAGCUGGAUCUUCUUUUACAUUUAACUAAAAGUUUCAAAACUGUAAUCCUCCAAAUAAAAG